GUGGAUAAUGGUGGCCCGCAUAAUUUUCUCUGAAAGGAAGGUCCCCUCAGUGGAAACCACACUUUCAAAGCGGUCCUCCACAAACAUAUAAAUAUUGCUUCGGUGGCCUUCAUCCUUUAUCACUUACCACUUCACCUACUGCCACUGCGAACAUGCACCCAUCCUCACAACACCUUAAUCGAUUUCCUAUUGUCCAAAUGAACCCAGCCACUCGAAAGCGCGUCGCAGAUGACCUCGAAGACAACGAAGUCCGGGAAGUCAAGCGAGUGAAAAUGGGCUCUAGCGCCAUAUGGAACGACGCAGACUUUACACCUGAACCUGGGUUCGAUAAAUUUGGACGCCAGAAAUUCAAACAUUCAUUUGAUCGCGAGAUCAUCCUUCCCGGCAGUUACGUCGGCCACAUCAGGUCACAAAAGCAUAAAGAUGCCAAAGAGAACCCUGUUCGUUCGCCCACAUGGGCAACCGCCAAUGUUGUGGAUCCCAUAGUACAUCCCGUCUCUUCAUUAUGUCAAUCACCGGAGGCCAUGGUUACGGAGACCACCCAACACUUGGAUUUAGACUCGCCGUUCAAGGAUGUAGAGGACAAAGAAUUUGUGGCUUGGCUUUUUGCCCCUGACCCAGACGAACAGUCGCAGGAGACGGCCAGUUCUCCGGAUCCCGCAACCCAUGGCCCUUCAUCACCUCAAUUACCAGAGGUCAUGGUCACAGAGGCCGCCGAAGACCUUGAUCUUUCUUCGACGUUUACUGAGACGGAGGACCUUAAUCUUGAUCAUUCGCUGGACAUGGGGAUCGGGGCCGAUCUACCACUGGAAAGCGACAUUAUUGAUAUAACCGCCGCGUCGAUGUCCAGUGACUUUAUGACAACCAACGUGCCAAUUUUGCCUCCGGCAGAUGAGGUUUCGUUGUCAUCGGAAGAGGGCCCUUUUGCUGGCUUACCCGCCUAUCUAUUAAGCAUACCCCGCGAUGUGUUGGAGGGGCUUCCUUUUUUCAUUACUGAAGUACCUCCUACUAGUACAUCUUCCUCCUCCAUUUCCUUGUAUGAUGAGAUCUAGUGUUUCACUUCCGCUACCAACUAUCCUGAAUAUGUUGUGCUCUCUGCUAUCGACUCGCUAUCUAUCACACCAUACGACUUUAUGACUUUACGAACUAUAUGCAUUCGUUCUACUGGAUACCGUAACGCGACACUCCAUUCUUUAUUGUUAUUGUUAUCAUUAUCAUCACCAUCAUCAUGGUGAUCAUGAUUCAUUUGUUACAACACACAUUCCUUACAUGCUGGACGAUCUAAGUAACAAUGCAUCUCUCGGACC